GCAACGCAGCGCAACGUUUUUCAAAUCGGCGCAAUAACUAACGGUACAAGCGGUGAUAGUGAAAGUGAUCCGGAGCAUCUUACUAUAUGUGCCGAUCCUGCGAACUCUAAUCAGUUCAGAUACAAGCAAUAGAGCGCAAUUACAGCGCUCACAGUGUGAACACAAGUGAGACUAGCCCAGAAUGCGUGCUCUGGGCGUGUGUGCGCUGCUCUUGGCAAUCGCGAGUUGCCAAGGCUACAGCAGCUACAGAUCCAGCUUUAGGACCAGCUCCUCAUCAUCAUUCGGCGGCGGACAAUCCCAAGCGAUGCUGCAGGCUCAAUCACAGCUAAACAGCUGGGCCUACAAUCAUCUGAAUGAGGUUCGCGAGUUUGCCAAUCGACUGACGCAGGAAUACAAUGCCAUGUCCACGGGCGGCAGCAAUGGCUUGGGACAUUCCCUGGCCUGGAGCGCUAAUAUACUGCAAUUGAGUGGGAAGAGUGCGAGCGAGCUGGACGCUCUCUGUCUGCAGAUCAGCCAGCAGCUGGUAAAUGAUAUGCGCCAGGGACUUAUAAGCUACAACAACAUUGCGCAGCCCGCGUUUUUCGAUGCCAAGGCGGCCGAGGUGCUGGAGAACUAUGCCACGGGUGCUACACAGCAGACUGUGGACCUGAAUCCGUUUCAUCCCGUUGACUUGAGUGGCUUUGAUGAGGUGAAGAACUAUGCGUAUCCGGCCGAGGUGAAGGUAAUCGGUGGCAAGACCUACGUGGUGCAUCGCAACUGCACAGAGGCCUCUAAGCUGUCGAAUAGCUAUGGCAGCAAUUCAGCCGCCCAGCUGACCUAUGGCCAGAGCCCGAUCUCUCUGCCCGCCAGCAGCAGCAGCAGCACCACUUUGACCCGUCAGUCGUCGUCAUUGCAGGACUGGAUUGGACAGCGCAUGGAGCCGACAGUGGUGGGUUACAGAUCGGUGGUUAGCCUCGACGGGGGCAGAGGUUCCCCAUCAUACGGUCAAAUGAGUGCGGUGCCAUCCUUUAGCCAGGUGAGUUCGCCCGGCUCGAGUUCAACGGUCACAGUAAGGCGCUUCAAUAAGACCAUAACCACGCACGCCGACGGCACCAGCUCUGUGGAUGGCUCCGAGUCGCAGCAACGCUGGGAGGACGGUCAGUUGGUCUACGAUAAUUCGCGUCCUUUUGGUGCGUCGUCGGUGCCGCGCGAUGAGCAAUGGAAGCGCGAGGAACGUGAGCACUUCUUCUGGUAUCUAACCUCGCCGCAACGCUUGGAGGAUUGGCAGCAUCAGCACGAAGAUCGCCUGCUGGCCGUGGCGCAUCGCUAUCAUACGACUUUGCCUGUUCUGUUGGAGUUCCAUCGUCGUGAGCUGGCGCGUUAUCAGGCGCUGUUGGGUCAGUAUCAGGCACAGGUUCAGGAUGCCAGCGCCUGGCAGCGUCAGGAGCGUGGUCGUCUUGAUUGGCUCGUACAUCAGAAUAGCUUCACUUCGCAGGACUUCGAUCGCUGGCAGCGGGAGAACAGCGCCAAGCUGCGUCAGCUGGCACAGAAGAAUGGCGUCUCGCAAGAGCAACUGCAGCAGUGGCAGCGCCAGGAACUGCAGCGUCUCUAUGUCCACUUCAAUAAGAUCAACGAUUCGCUUAGUCCCCAAGUACCCCAGAUAUCCAACCAAGUGUCCAUACAUGACUCCAGCUCGCUGGUCGUGGACAAUGCCCAGGAGCAGCAGCGCCUAGACGAGCUCAUUCGUCAGCACAAUGCCACAAUUGCCCAGCUCCAGAACUCCAUAAGGACGGAUCAGCAGCGUCUGAAGGAUCUGUCGAUCAAAUAUCAGGGCGACAUGCAGAGCCAGACACAGUGGCUGCGUGGCGAGGUCGCACGCAUCGGUGAUCUGAUCAAGGAGCAAAACGAACAGGUCACCAGAAUAAGUGCGUGGCAAAGCUCGGAGCGAGCUCGCCUGGAAUCGAUGCUGAGGCAGCAUCGGGGCAGCCUAACCGAGCUGCAGCAACAAAUGGCCCAGGAUCGCAGCUACGUCCAGAAUCUGGCGGCCAAAUAUCGCGUGGGUGUCGAUGAGCUGGAGAAAUGGCAACGCGAGGAGCUGCAACGCCUGCAGCUGGUAGGUGCGCAGCAGCUGGAGAGCCACAUCAAGGAUUGGCAGAUCGGCGUCAGCGCCCAGCUGCGCAACAUCAUCGGACAGAAUCAGUUGACCAUUGAAGAGUUCCAGAACUCCAUAAUCAACGAUCGUGCACGCCUAGAGCAGUUUGCGCGCACAUAUAAGGUGCGCGUGGAGGAGAUCGAGGCGUGGAUUAAGAGCGAACUCAAGAAAUUCCAAUCCGAGGGUCUGCUCAAGGAGGUGGAACAGCAGCUGGCCCAGUGGCAGCAGCGCGAGCGCGAGAGACUUCAGUCUCUGGUGCAGCACAACUCGCUGACCGUGGAGCAGCUGGAAGCGAAGAUUAAGAACGAUCAGUCGCACUUCUUCGACUUGGCCAACACGUAUCAGAUCCGUGUUGAGGAUAUACAGGAUUGGCUGAAAAAGGAGCUAUUGCGCCUGCAAAGCGAGGGUCUGCUCAAGGCGGAGGCAUUGAAGGACUGGCAGGUGGCCGAACGUCAGCAAAUCUCCAAACUGGUGCAGCAGAACAAAUAUUCCAUUGACGAGUUUGAACGGAAGCUUCUGGCUGAUCGUGCUCGUCUGAACGAUCUGUCCAAGACCUACAACGUGCAGGUAUCCGAGAUUGAGCAAUGGAUCCAGGCCGAGGGCGAGCGUCUGCAGCGUGAGGGACAACUGCACAUGGAGACGCAACUGAACAACUGGCAGAAGAUUGAACGACAGCGUCUGCUGGAUCUGAUCAACAAGAAUGAUUUGUCCAUUGAGGAGCUGGAGACUAAGAUUGGCAAGGAUCAGACGCAUCUGUACAGCCUGGCUCAGCAGAAUCAGGUGCGCGUCGAGGAGAUCGAGCAAUGGAUUAAGCAGCAAAUCCAGAAACUUCAGAGCGAGGGUCUCAUCGAGAUGCAGCGACUGAAGAACUGGCAACAGGAAUGGCGUGGCAAUCUGACCAACAUGGUGCAGGAGCGCGACUACACUGUGGAGGAGUUCCACAAAUGGCUGCUCGAGGAUCGGGCGCGCCUCCAAAGUCUGGCCAUGCAGCACAAUGUGCAGAUCGAGGAAAUCGAACAGUUUGUCAAGAAGGAGGAGCAACGCUUCAUUGGCAUGGGCCUGCUCAAGCCCAGCGAGAAGCUGACCAACUGGCAGGAGGUUGAGCGUCUGCAUCUGAAGAACCUGGCACAGCAACAGUACAAGUCCACGGAACAGCUCGAGGCGCGUUUGCGUCAGGAUCGCGAACUGCUGGAGAAACUGGCACGUCAGUACAGCGUCCAGGUGGAGGAGAUCGAAAGCUGGAUGAAACAGGAGCUGGCACGCAUGCGCGACGAGGGCAAGCUCCAGAUUGACAAUCUAACCUCCUGGCAGCUGGCCGAACGCGAGCGCCUCGAGACGCUGCUCAAGCAGAACAAGCAAUGGAGCGCCGAGGAUCUGCAAGCCGAGCUGCGCAAUGAUCGCGAGCACAUGCAAACCAUGGCCUUCCAAUAUCACACCUCGGUCGAGGAAAUCGAACGCUGGGUGCAAUCCGAAAUUGAGCGCCUCAAGCAGCAGGGCAAGCUCAACAUUGAGCAGCUGACAGCCUGGCAGCGCGCUGAGCAGCAGCGCAUUCUGUCCCUGCUCCAGACGCAGUCCAACAUUACAAUGGAACAGUUUGAGUCCAAGGUACAAAACGAUCGCCAGUUCUUGCUGAAGUUGGCUGAUCAGCAUCAUGUGAGCCUUAUGGAAAUUGAAGCAUACAUCAAGCAGGUUAUUGAAGACUUGCAGAAGAAGGGACAAUUCGAGAUUGAGCAGCUGCAGACGUGGCAGCUGGUGGAACGCGAUUACAUCAAGUCCCUGAUUGCCGAAUAUAAGAAUGGCCUGUCCACGGCGGAGUACGAGCAAAAGCUGCUAGCCGAUCGCGCGUAUCUCAAUCAGCUGGCGGAUCAGUAUCGUCUGAAUGUGGAACAGAUUGAGGAAUGGAUGAUAUCGGAGCUGAAGCGUCUGAGAGGCAAUACAGAGACAUCGCUGAAGACGCUCAGCGCCUGGCAAGUGUCGGAGCUGGAGCGUCUGCAGAAUCUGCUCAAGGAGCAAACGCACAUCAGCUAUGUGGAGUUUGAAUUGGAGCUGCAAAAGGAGCGCGAACGCCUACAAAGGCUGGGUAAUCAGUACUCGGUCAAUGUGGAAGAGAUCGAGCAGUGGCUGCGUCAACAGCUGAUCAAUCUGAAGACCACGGGCAAUGCCAAGGUGGAGAACCUAAGCAAAUGGCAGAUCGCCGAACAGGAGCGUCUCAUUGAGCUGCUGCUGAAGCACCAGCAGGAUUUGAACUACGAGGAUGUGGAGCGCGAGCUGCGCAAGGAUCACGAUCGCCUGGAAAGUCUCUCGCAAACGAAUCACGUGAGCAUCGAACAAGUCGAUAAUUGGCUGCACGACGAACUGCGUCGUCUACAGAGCUCGGGUCUUGUGCAAUUCGAGCAGCAAACCCAAUGGCAGAAGCAGAUUAGCAACGGCUUCGAUAAUUGGCUCAAGCAGCAACAGGAUUCGACCACCUAUCAGGAGUUCUUGGAGUUCUUGAAGCGCGACAAGUCACGACUUAAUGGCAUUGCCAAUGACUAUCAUCUGACUGUGGAGCAGGUGGAGCAGUGGGUGCAAAAGGAGACGGCACGACUCUCGCUAAUUGGUGUAAUUGAGAAGCCGCAGGAUAAUUUUCGCUAUGAAGAGAUCGUAAGCAUUACGGAUCAGCAAGGCGAGUCGCAGCCCUGGAAGGAAUAUUUAGCCGCACGCCUGCGCAGCGAAACCCAUCUGAAGCCCAUGUCCUGGCAGGAGUUCCAGCUGUAUUUGGUACGCAAUCAGCCCAACUAUGAGCGGCUGGCACAACAAUAUCACAUUACCGUCGAGGACAUCCAUCUGUGGCUGCAGGAGUCGGCCAGGCAGCUGGCCAACGAGGGUCUCAUCACGGGCUCCCUGACGGUCGAGGAUUGGCAGCUGAAGGAGCAGCAGUAUAUACAGGAUCUGAUCAAUCAACAGCUGCGCCGGCGCCAAAAGUGGAGCAUCGAGGAGCUGCAAUUGAAGCUACUCAAUGACCAGAAGCAUUUGCUGGACGUGGUGCGUCAGUAUCAAAUAACCAUUGAGGAGCUAAAGCUUUGGUACAAGAACGAACUGAAACGUCUGUUGGAUUUGCGUAAAAUCGAGCGAGGCUACGGUUUGCCCUGGCAAACAAAGGAAUUGGAACGCAUUUACCAGACCGUCGUCCGCCAUCCCAUCAAUCGCAAUGCCUUGGAGCAGCUGCUGCUGCGCGAUGUGUCCAUACUGGCACCGCAGUACCGUGUCACAGUCGAGGAGCUGCGCGUCUUUAUUCAGGAGAAACUGCAGCGUUUGGCUGACAUGGGUCUCAUUGUCGACAGCCAAGUUGUGGGCAGCGACUGGAAGGAGCAGGAGCGUCAGCGUUUACGUCAAAUUGGCUCCAGCGUAAUCAUUACCGAUCAGGAGCUAUUGGAGCUCAUCUCGUUGGACAACAACUAUCAGAAUGAGCUGGCGCGUCUCUAUGGCGUGGGCCUGCAUCAGCUGGCGCCCGUGCAGCGCAUCCAUGUGGGCAACAUGGCCAAGGAGCAGCUGCUCGAGCAGCGUCGCCUCAAUGUGCUCACAUCCUGGCAGCAAAAGGAACGCGAUCGUCUCUACGACUUCAUUGGCACGCAGAACAUGACGCUGCGCCAGCUGCGCGACUGGCAGCGCCAGGACGAGGAGAAGCUGCAAAGAUUCGCCCAGCAAUACCUGAUAUCGUUGCAUGAACUCAAGGCCUGGCAGCUCAAGGAAUUUGAACGCAUCGCGGCCGUGGCUCGUUACUAUGGCAUGACUCUGACCGAACUGCAGCAGUUCCGCGACGACGAGCUGCAUUAUCUGACCUAUUUGAAUCACCGCAAGCUGCUGCCCGAGUCCGAGGCACAGAGCUGGGAGAACAAGCAGCACUGGCGCCUGCAAAAGCUCCAGAGCAAGUACAGCCAGUACGGCCAGGAGCUGAGCAUUUGGCGUCGCACUCUCUAUCUGCUGAGUCAGGGACUAAUCGAUCUGCCCGCCGGCAACGGUGGCUAUGUGAUCGAUCAGGGCACCACCAAUUCGACUGCGGUGCACAAACCCGUUUUCUCCAAGGAUCGCGGUGACCAGCCGCCGCAUGUCUAUGAGGACUCAGAUAAUGAAGACGAUGAGCCAGGCUUGGAGGGUGAAGUCAAGGCGCCUCUGCCAUUGCCCAUAUCUUUAGUGUCCACACCGGCUCCGUUGCCCUAUCAACGUGGCGGUGCACCCGGCGGCGCCAAUGCUGGCUAUGAAUAUCGUCGCACGGAUUACACGUUUGAUCUGCCCGUUGGCAGCGCCUCGGCUGCGGCCAGUGGCGGUCCGAGUGGCUCAUCGGCCACUGCCAGCGCCAAAUUGGGCAAAUGGAGUCGGGCGGCGGGCGAGGAGCCUGCAUCCCAGCAGCAAGUUCAGCUCGAGGACCUCGGCCAGCAGCAGCAGGUCGAUCUGGGCUGGACGGACGAUCAAGUGGAUGGCGGACAGCAACAGCAGCAGGAGGAAGUCGACUGGAAUGCCAACUAUAAACUAGACGGCAAUGCCGGACAACAGCAGCAGCAAUUGCUGGACGAUACACAAGAUUUGGGACAGCAGCAGGUCGAGGACUUAACUGGCCAAAGCUAUGGCCACAGCUAUGGCUCCAACUACGGCCAGCUGCAGCAGGCACAGCCAGUUGAAACAACGCCGCUGCCCAGCACGUUCGACAAAUUUAAAAAUAAGAUAACCGGCAUUUUCGGUUAGAAUUUGUUACUGCCAUAAAGACUUAAGUGCAUCUAAAACCGAAACGAGCCCAAAAAAACGAAUCACAAAUGUGGAUACAUUUUCUACAAACGUUUCUUUAAUCAGUUUAGUUUAGUCUUAAAAGGAAAAGAUUUUUGUCGGUCACAGUUGACACCGCAAUCACUACUAAAUAUACAUAUACAUACAUACAUACAUAUACAUGUGUAAUACUCGCUCUAUAAGGACGUGCCUUUGUAUUUUGUUUGCGAUUUCCCUAAUAAACUUUGAAAAUAUAA